AUGCCCAACAUCAACAAAGCCGUACCAGGUGCAAAGGAGUUCUAUCCUCUGAACGAACCUGGCGUUGGUGCCACGCUACCAAGUUCCCAGAACAUACCACCGCUUUUCCAGCCACUGACCAUUCGUGAUGUGACCUUUCAUAACCGCGUUUUCGUGUCACCUAUGUGUCAAUACAGCUCCGUUGAGGGCGAUGCAACUGACUGGCAUUUCGUUCACUACGGUGGCUUUGCGACGCGUGGUGUGGGUGCGAUUUGCAUGGAAGCUACAGCCGUUGUUCCUGAAGGACGUAUCUCGCCUGAAGACGCUGGACUAUGGGCGGACAGCCAGAUUGCGCCUCUCAAACGUAUCGUCGACUUCGCUCACUCGCAGGGAACGAAGAUAGGCGUCCAAUUGGCGCACGCCGGCAGGAAAUCCUCGACCCUCGCUCCGUGGGCUUAUUACCAAGCUCUUAGGGAUCAAAAGCCCGUCAGUUGGGCUGCGAGUGAGGACGAAAGAGGCUGGCCCGACAAAGUCUUUGGACCUAGCGAGCUCUCGUAUGCCCAAGAAUACCAUACUCCUCAUGCUAUGACCGAGGACGACAUGAUAUACGUCGAGGAUGCCUUCGUCGCUGCUGUCAAAAGAUGCGAAGAAGUUGGCUUUGACUUCAUCGAACUUCACGGAGCGCAUGGUUAUCUUCUCAACCAAUUCGUCUCCCCCCUCUCCAACGUCCGAACCGACAGCUACGGUGGCUCUCUGGAGAAUCGGAUGCGAUGGCCACUUCGCGUCGUGGAACGCUGUCGCGAGGCCUGGGGCCAGAAACCUCUGUUCUACCGGAUCGGUGCCACAGACUGGGCGGAAGGCCUAGAGAAGGCGGAGGAUGGAACGUGGAUCCAAUGGGGCAUCGAGCAGACGAAAGUGCUGGUCGGAGAGCUGCAGAAGUUGGGUGUGGACUUCGUCGACGUUUCGACUGGAGGCAAUUGGGCCGCACAAAAUAUCCCCGUGGGUCCGAACUACCAGGUUCCCUUUGCAGCCGAGAUCAAGAAAGAAUACCCCAAUAUGCCCAUUGGCGCAGUGGGCCUCAUAGAGACGUCUUCUCAGGCCAAUGCCAUCGUUGAGGCGAACGAGGCCGACGUUGUCUCUUUGGCGAGAGCGUUUAUUAGGAAUCCGCACUGGGCCAUGCAGGCUGCUCACGAUUUGGGAGUCGCCGUCAAGCGGGCCCAGUACGAGGCUGGGUGGAUGUUCAUGCGGAAGAUAUGA